AACGAUGCGGAUAUUAUGCAGCAACUCGCUGAUUAUGAGCAGCUGUCUAAGUGGUUUUUGCUUCUGAUUCGAAUGCUCUCUGCAAAACUGUCGGAUUUAAUCGCAGCCGGAAGUCUAGGACCAUCCGAUCGGGCGUUGUGUUCAAAUAUCGCAGGAUUUGUGAUGGUAUUCUUGGAAUCGAACCCGAGACGUGCACUCGACGUGGUGGCAACACUUGAUGAUCUUCUGCCAAUGGUAUCAUCAGCGAACGGUGAAAAACUGGCUGAAGAUAGGGGACAAUCUCUCUCGAGGUAUAAUCUGCUUAAAUUUCAACUUAUCGAUUUCAUUCUCAUUGAUGUUUAUCAAGAAAUUUCAUUUCGUUCUUUUAUCUCGACAGAUAUAUAG